GCGGCCCGGCCCGCCGGCACCAUGCUGGCGCUCUUCAACAAGCUGCUGGACUGGUUCCGGGCGCUGUUCUGGAAGGAGGAGAUGGAGCUGACCCUGGUGGGGCUGCAGUACUCGGGCAAGACCACCUUCGUCAACGUUAUCGCGUCAGGACAGUUCAAUGAAGACAUGAUCCCAACAGUGGGUUUUAACAUGAGGAAGAUCACCAAAGGGAAUGUUACCAUAAAGCUCUGGGACAUCGGCGGGCAGCCACGGUUCCGCAGCAUGUGGGAGCGAUACUGCCGUGGAGUGAGUGCCAUCGUGUACAUGGUGGAUGCUGCUGACCAGGAGAAGAUAGAAGCCUCUAAGAACGAACUGCACAACCUGCUUGACAAGCCGCAGCUCCAGGGCAUCCCGGUCCUCGUUCUGGGGAACAAGCGGGACCUGCCCGGUGCCUUGGAUGAGAAGGAACUCAUUGAGAAGAUGAACCUCUCUGCCAUCCAAGACCGAGAGAUCUGUUGCUAUUCCAUCUCCUGCAAAGAAAAGGACAACAUUGACAUCACCCUACAGUGGCUUAUCCAGCACUCGAAGUCCAGGCGAAGCUGAGGUCCCGUGGGCCUGGCUCAGAUUGGGAAGAUGCCAUUGUACAAGCCCAUGCCCCUCUCUCCUGCUCUGUCCCUCCAGCUCUCUCUCUAGAUGGGUAUUUUUAGGG